AUGUAUCCAAAAUACAGAGAAGCAACAAUUCGACUUGGUGUAAUUGGUAUCUAUACGGCAUCGGCUUAUUGUUUGCUGAUAGUGCAUGGUCAGACAAGUUUGAUAUUUUUGGGCGUGGUGUUUUUGUUAGGUGGCUAUUUGUUUAAUAGUUGGCAUGCAGCGACUUUAGCUUGUCUUUUACUUGGUGCGAUAAAGGGGUCUGGAUACUUAGUUACUUUGCCGUUAGUCGGGCCAAUAAUUAAAUCGGGAUUGCAAGGCUUUGACGAUUUUAAGGAGGAAUUCUUAUGGAACCGUAGUCAGGCUAAAGAACCCCCGGAGCCAAGUGCUAUGUACGCAGAAGGGUCACACACUAAUCGCAGGAUGCAUAGGGGCGCGACUAAUGGCUCUGGUAAAGGCAAUUCAACUCAUGAACGCAAUAAUAAUCAGCACAAGCAUAUGUCUAGAUCCCAGCAUGAGAUGGACGAAGUGACAAGGCUAUAUAAUGGACUCAAUCUUAAUAAGCGUUUAAAUAGACCCGGAGGUCCGUCGCGUGCUCAGUAUGAUAUAAGGAGCCCACCUAUGCCGCAUAACUUUGCCCUCUAUGAUAGCGAUGAAGUGAGUGAUGAUGAUAGCGAUGAAGAAGCCCAACCUACCUUCAACUACCAAAAUCGGCAAUAUCCUUUUAAUUACCAGGUACCAUUCCAACAACAACCCCAGUAUAACUACCAAGUACCACCACCUCCUCAACAACCACAAUACAAUUACAACUAUCAAGUACCGCCUCAGCAGCCACAAUACAAUUACACUUAUCAAGUACCGCCCCAACCAUUCUACAUCUACCAAAUGCCUCCUCAACACCCCCCUUGCCACAUCCAUGAAUAUGAGAGCGACUCCGACUCAGCAUCCAACACAUCAUCUGAUUCAGAAUCUGACCAUCAUGACUAUGAGCUCGUAGAACCUCCAUACUCACACUUUGGACAUCCGCCCAGUUCACGGCCCGAACACUGUGCAAACCACCAUAUUCAUCACCACCACGACCCCCAUAUCCACCACGACCCUCAUGUCCAUCACGACCAUAUCCACCACGACCCUCAUGUCCAUCACGACCAUAUCCACCAUGACCAUCAUAACAUUCACCACAUUGGCCAUCAUGACUGCCAUAAUGUUCAGCCAGGUAAUUACACAAUUGAUUCUCAUGGUCACCACCACAAUAGUCAUCUUCCAAUCUAUGCUAUGGGACAGCCCGGACCUCUUCCUACCCGCUGGCCAGACCACCACGGCCACGGCCAUCUUGAUAGGUGGGACAAUACAGCCAAUCCUCCGCACAGCUAA